AUGGAUGACACAUCCUUUGCUCAUCUCAACUGGGAAGUGAAGGCCAAUGAUUCAACAGGGAGAUCUCCCUGUAAACCUGAGGAGCUCGGUGCAUUCAUUCCAAUUUUCCUAAGUCUAGUCUUUUCAAUGGGUUUCAUUUUGAACAGCAUCAGCCUAUGGAUCUUCUGGUUUUGCAUCAAGAAGUGGAGUGCUGGAAUGGUUCUACAGUUCAAUCUGGCUUUAGCAGAUGCCAUUAUAACUCCAGCUGCACCAUUCAUGAUCGUCUACUUCUCACUGUCGCACUGGCCCUUCGGCCAAUUUCUCUGUCAGCUGAAAGUCUUCUUACUGAGCACCAACAUGUACGGCAGUAUCUACUUUCUCACCCUAAUUAGCAUACACCGGUACUUCACUGUUGUGCACUGCACAAAGAAAAGCAUCUUAAAGGAGAAGAAAUUUGUAAAGAUUAUUUGUGCGGGAGUCUGGGUUCUCCUGUUUGCCCAAGGCUUUCCAUUCUUUUUUGUCCUCAAAACCACUGAAAUGAACAAUACCACUCACUGUUUGAGCAUAUAUCAGAAUGAGCUGGUGGUUUUAUACUUUGUGUGGAACACAGUUAUUUUAUUCACUGGGUGCAUCAUUCCAUUUUUUGCCUCCAUUAUUUGCUACACCUUACUUGCCAUCUUCAUUGUAAAAUUGAACUCCAAUCAACUUAACAGUAAAAAUAUGAAAAUGAAGUCCAUGCAAAUGAUUUUAGUGUCCUUGGCGAUUUUUAUGAUCUGCUUCCUGCCUGUACAUGUGUCCCGAACAUUUGGGAUUACGCUUCAGUUCCUUUAUCCUGAUCAGUGUCAAACAUUGGGCAUUGUCGAACUUGCUUAUUACAAGUGUUUGGCACUGUCAAGCUCAAAUUGUUGCCUGGACCCGUUGUUAUAUUUUUUUGCUUCUAAGAAAUUCAAGGAGUCAUUAAGCAGUAUUGUGAGUUCUAUAAGGAGCUGUAAUAAGAGGUGAAAAUGGGAAUUAGAA